CAGUUUGUGUUGUAGUGUAUGUGGAAUGUGGACACGUAUUGUCGGCCAGCGAGUUUUUAUUUUUAAUAAAUUGUUUUACAUUUGUUUUUAUAAUAGAUAACGAGUGAAUAUAAUUUUGUCUUAUGAUUGUCGAAUAAAAAUUGUACUAUCCUAUUUAGUUGUACAAUUAAGCUUCAAUAAUUUUCAAUUCAGCAUGGCGAGCGUGGAGCAACCAUGCUACACCCUGAUCAACUUCCCAACAGACACGGAGCCCCAUAAUGAGAUGCAACUCAAACUUGAUCUUGAAAAGGGGGAUACAAAGAAAAAAAUAGAAGCCCUAAAGAAGACAAUCGGUAUUAUUCUUUCUGGGGAGAAAAUUCCUGGGCUUCUGAUGAUUAUUAUCAGAUUCGUGUUACCACUGCAGGACCAUACUAUCAAGAAGCUGCUCCUCAUAUUCUGGGAGAUUGUGCCCAAAACUACCCCAGAUGGUAAAUUGAUGCAGGAGAUGAUACUUGUCUGUGAUGCAUACAGAAAGGAUCUCCAACAUCCUAAUGAAUUCAUCCGUGGCUCCACCCUACGCUUCUUGUGUAAGCUCAAAGAGCCUGAGCUGCUGGAGCCCCUGAUGCCGGCCAUCAGGGCGUGCCUGGAUCACAGACACUCAUAUGUCAGGAGGAAUGCUGUACUUGCUAUUUUCACUAUAUACCGAAAUUUUGAGUUCCUGAUUCCCGAUGCACCAGAGCUCGUGGCGAACUUUUUAGAGGGCGAACAGGAUAUGUCCUGCAAGAGGAACGCCUUCCUAAUGCUUCUCCAUGCUGACCAGGAGCGGGCACUCUCCUACCUCGCUUCCAGACUUGACAAUGUUCACAGCUUUGGAGAUAUUCUGCAGUUGGUUAUUGUAGAGCUGAUUUACAAGGUGUGUCACGCGAACCCCUCAGAGCGGUCACGGUUCAUCCGAACUGUGUAUGGUCUACUGAACUCUUCUAGCGCGGCUGUCCGCUAUGAGGCGGCCGGCACCCUCGUGACAUUAUCGAGCGCCCCUGCUGCUCUUAAGGCAGCGGCAGCAUGCUACAUCGAUCUGAUCGUGAAGGAGAGCGACAACAACGUGAAGCUGAUCGUGGUGGGGCGGCUGGCGGCGCUGCGCGAGGAGGGCGGCGAGGCGGCCGCGCGCGCCCUGCCUGAUCUGGCCAUGGACGUGCUGCGCGUGCUGGCCGCUUCCGACCUAGACGUGCGCCGCCACACGCUGCACCUCGCGCUGCAGCUGCAGCUGGAGCUGGUGGCCGCGCUGCGCAAGGAGGCGGCGCGCGCGGCCGCCGCCGACCACGACGACGCCGCGCGCUACCGCCAGCUGCUCGUGCGCGGCCUGCAGCGCCGCGCUGGAGCGCGCGGCCCUCGGGACGGCGCGCUGAUGUUCCCCGAGGUGGCGGGCAGCGUGGCGCCGGCGCUGCUGGAGCUGGUGGGCGAGGGCGCGGAGCCGGCGGCCGUGGACGUGCUGCUGUUCCUGCGCGUCGCACUCGACAGCUUCCCGCACCUGCGCGACCACAUCUACCAGAAAUUGCUGGAGACAGUGACGGGUAUUCGCGUAGGCAAGAUCGCGCGCUCCGCCCUCUGGUUGCUGGCCGAGUUCGCCGAUACGCCGGAACGUGCUAUCGCUGCGCUGGACGUACUUGCAGCCGUCAUACCUACGCCCUCCAGUGGAGAGAACAAGGAGGAGGAGGAGGCGGCCCAGACGAAACCGGAAACGGCGCCACGGCAGCUGAUCACUAGCGAUGGCACCUAUGCCACCCAGUCCGCCUUCAACUUGCCGACGUCGGGCACGGGCCCCGGCAGCGGCGCGAGCGGCGGGGCGGGGCGCGCGCCGCUGGGCGCGGCGCUGCUGGAGGGCGACAGCUUCACGGCCGCGUGCGCGUGCUCGGCGCUGGCCAAGCUGGCGCUCAAGCUGCCCGCCGCGCAGCACGCGCGCGCGCUGCACCGCGCCGCCGCGCUGCUGGCGCUGCACCGCGCGCGCGGCGGGUGCGGCGGGCGCGGCGGCGCGGCCGCGCUCACGGCCGACGACGCGGAGCACGGCGCGCGCUGCCUGCAGGCGGCCGCCGGCGCCGCGCCGGCCGCGCGCCGCGCGCUGCUGCACGCGCCGCGCCGCGCGCUGCACGCGCUGCUGGCGCUGCCCGGCGCCGCGCACGCGCCGCUGCUGCCCGCGCAGGAGGCCGAGCGCGCGCCGCGGCCGCGCCGUGCCCGCGCCGUGCCGGUGGAGGCGGGCGUCCAGUUCGCGGCGCUGGCGGGCGCGGGCGCGGCCGCCGCGCACCACGACAUGUUCGAGCUCGCGCUCAACAAGGCGCUGCAAGGUCGCAGCGGUGGCGCCAGCGAGGAGCGUGGUAAACUGUCGAAGGUGACGCAGCUGACGGGCUUCUCGGACCCCGUGUACGCGGAGGCCAUCGUUUCCGUCAACCAGUACGACAUUGUUCUCGACGUGCUCAUCGUCAAUCAGACAGACGACACGCUGGUGAACUGCACGGUGGAGCUGGCGACGCUGGGCGAGCUGCGGCUGGUGGAGCGGCCGGCGGGCGUGGUGCUGGGCGCAAGGGACUUCGCCACCAUCAAGGCGCACGUCAAGGUCGCCUCCACCGAGAACGCCAUCAUCUUCGGCAACAUCGUGUACGAGGUGAGCGGUGCAUCAAUGGACCGCGGUGUGGUGGUACUGAACGAUAUCCACGUUGACAUAGUGGACUACAUCCAACCCGCCGUCUGCAGCGAUGCAGACUUCCGUCAGAUGUGGGCCGAGUUCGAGUGGGAGAAUAAGGUGGCAGUUAAUACGAAUAUUACAGAUCUACGCGAAUAUCUGGAUCAUUUGCUGGCAUCCACCAACAUGAAGUGUCUAACGCCAGACAAGGCGCUGUCGGGCCAGUGCGGGUUCAUGGCGGCGAACCUGUACGCGCGCUCCAUCUUCGGCGAGGACGCGCUGGCCAACCUCAGCAUCGAGACGCCGCUGCACAAGAAGCCCGCGCAAGCCGCGCCCGUCGUCGGACACGUGCGCAUCCGCGCCAAGAGCCAGGGCAUGGCCCUCAGUCUCGGCGACAAGAUCAACAUGAUGCAGAAGGCGCCGCCGCAGAAGCCGCCCGCGAACCCCACGCCGGCCGCGUAACCUCGCCCGAGUGUGCACACGACACGUCGCUCCCACUGCCAUAUUCGUUAUGUUUCCAUGUGCAGGCCAUACAGGUGUUGAUUAAAUCAAUUUGAGACAUGUGAAAUAGUUGACUAAUCAUGAUUAAAGACCUAAAGCCCUCCCUCGCCCUCCCUUUUUAUUAGUUCCCCAUAUCGACAGAUAUAACAGUAGUUUCACCUUAGUGUCUUCAGAUAAAGAUGUUCAGAAAAAAUCCUAAUAAAUUAUAAAUACUUCAAUUUUUGCAGUAUCUCUUUUCACGUAUUACGCAAUAAUACAGCGCAAACUAAUGUGUGUUUGUUUAUAUAAAUAACUAUAAAUUGCAAAUUUAUAUAGUAAAUAAAAAAAAAAACAUCAAAGAACGUUCUAGAAAUUCGUUAAAAACAAUAUUGAAAUUUCGUUAUUUUGAAAAUACAUAUAUGGAGAUCAGUAGUUUAUGUAUCAGUAAUAAUUUACCAGAGGGAGACUUUGUACAAAAGUCGAUUGCUUGGGUACCUCUAUCACAUUCGUGUUUCAACCGUGAAGCAGUUGUGUUUGCAUGGCUGUGUUUCGGUUUGAAGGGUGGGAUAUGGCGUGAAUUUAGGAAUGGCAAUGUAUGGGGGGUAUCAUGGGCGAAACAGUAUACUCUGUUAUGUCCAUGGUAUUGUUCAUGUGUAUAGGCGACGGUUACCACUUUCCAUCAGGUGGGCCGUCAGCUUGUUUGACAUUCUAAGUAGUAUAAAAAAAAAAUUGAAACUUCGUUAUUAAAAAUACAUGUAUGGAGAUCAGUAUCAUAUAUAUAAUGUUUCACGGCAAGGGAAGCGACAGAUUACUAAUUGAUAGUUCCAGCAUUAUAAUUUAAGUCAUAUAUUUAGCAUAAAUUAUAGUAAUACAAUGUAUGAUGGUAAUAUUCUUGUUUAUAUUACAUUGUUAUUAUAAUUAUUUUUCUCAAACAUGCUUGUAAAUGGGAGCAUUAUUUUGACAAUCUUCUUCGAGAUAAAUCAAAAUUGCCGUACUGGCCAGAUACAUGCGGGCAGCGGCCGGCAAAAGUUGUAUGAAAAUCCAUAUCUAUCGUGUUUUGCGGACAGAUAAAUUACUAUGUAAACUCAUAUUUGUCCUGUAAUUGAAAAAUGGAAUGUCCUUUUACUUCAAAACAUAGCUACCAAGGAGGUAACUAAUAAAAGGUUUUAUUUAAAUUUCGAACUGGCUUGCAAAUAGAAUGCUGUUUAUUGAAAAAAAAAAACAAAGGAACGUAAUGGCGCGUGAAAAAUUAUUAUUGUUCGUUAUUCGUCAUGGAACUUAAAAAGUAAAAUUGUGUUUUUAAUUUCCGCGCAUUGUUUGAGAAAAGUACUAUACAAGCCUUAGCCACAACUAGGCAUUGAUGGACUUACGUAUGUGUGCCUCGGCUACGCCUCGGCCCACACACGUUCCUCCAUCAAUGCCUCAGUUGCUGGCCGCUGCAGUAAUGUACUAUUUUAAAUACUUCAUAAAUAAUAUAUGAUUGAAUAUUAUUAAUAUUAAAUUUAAUUAUAAGUAUA